CGGAGCACGAUCUGGAAAGGCGGCGCGGGACGACACGGGCUACCCGCGCGCCUCUGCUCGCCCGUCUAAAUAAAACACCCCCGGCGUCCUUGCGAGACUUUUUUUACUGAACAUUUUCCAGGAGUCGCCGAACAGGAAAGAAAGAAAAGACCAAUUCGACAGUUUCAUCCACCCCGAUUAGAACAGCGGGGCGUCUUUUGGACAAUGUAGCUAUUGAGCUUCACGGAGCCUAAAUGGCUUCUUUGGAUUUACAAAUAUCUGGUGAGGUUGAGGUGCAGCAACCGCAUCGAUUUAUCCAACCCGCUGAGGGAUUUUGGACGAAUGCGACUAAAAACCCUGGAUCUGAUCAUUUCAACUUGAGGCAUGUUGCUCUCGCCCCAGGUGUGCGUGUCUGCCCUGGUGACCGUGAGCACCAUGGCAGUGGUUGACCUCUACCUGCUGGAGCAGAGCAUGCUGGGACCACGGGGCAGCGCGCGGCUGGCGGCGUGGCCGUGCGUUGCCGUGGCGCUGGGCGACCUGUGCUUCCUGCUGGCGUUGCGCUUCGUCUCCGCCGGCGUGGUCUCGGAGGCGCGCUCGCCACGCCGCGGCUUCGCCAGCGCUCUCUGGUUCCUCUUCCUGUCGCUGCUGCAGCUCAAGCUUUUCUUCGUGUGCCAGAACUACAGGCAGGAGCGGCGACCACCUGACCCGCUGGCCCGCAAGACCCUCACACUCCUGCUGUCUGUGUGUCUGCCCUCACUCUUCCUCAUCCUGACGGGCGCUGACCAAGUAACGCCGCUGCGUAGGAAGCAGGAGCUGCGCGGCCGCCUUCUCUGGGUUGUGGUGGACCUACUAGACGUGCUGGACCUGCAGGCGGGGCUGUGGGAGGCGCAGGGUGGCGCGGGCGUGCCGCUCUGGGUGGACGGCAUCGUGUUCUUCUACUGCUACGUGCUGCUGCUGCUGCUACCCUGCGUGUCGCUGGCGGAACUGGGCGUGGCGGCAAUGCCGACCCAGAGAGCACCCCGCAGGGAGGCCGUCUACCCUUGGCUCAGCCUGGUCACCAUCAACGUGCUCACACUGGUGCUUAGGGGAGUGGGCAUGCUGUGGUACAGGGACCCGCGAGUGUCCACUGUGUUCCUAGGGAAGAACCUCUUGGCCCUGGCUGUGAAGCUGAGCUCUGCAUGGGACAUGCGCAGGCAGGAGGGCGGGGCUGGAGAAGGGGCGGGGCUCGGGGCUGGAGCCGGAAGCCAGAGUCCAGGGGCCGCUGCGGAGCAAGCGGAGAAGCGUGGAGAGGCAUGCACAUCAACGCUGCCUCAGUCCUCCCGGUACCACACCCUCUCCCGGUCUCAUAGUCAUAGCCAUUCUCUCUCCCAAGUGAGCCUGGACCCCGUUGACACUUCCUUGGCACCUGCCUACAUUUCCCAUGAGCUCUAGACAGACAGAGGGAUGCGUGUUCCGCCAUCCACUUCCUGAGAUGAAUGACAACAGCAGCAACAACAACAACAGACUGCCAAUUCCUGCAGUCUGUGUUCUGGCCAAAACAGGGGGGCUCCCUUUCUCUUCUUGUUAGCACACUUUGUUGUAAUGAGUGUUGAUACACCUUGUAUGAUUUCUAUAUAAAAGGAUGAGUAGGGUACACCUGAGAGUGUAUUAACUAAGUGCCUUCUUUUAAGAGCAACAAUUAAAACUAAAGUUGUUGCCCCUCCCCCCUGAUUCUUUUCAUCAUGAAUUUUAUCCUCUGCCAUGUACUGUGAUGCAUGACCUCCAUUAGUACC